GUAUUCUUUGAUCCGGCCGUAUUGACAUUUCUGGAAACGGUGUUACUGGGAAGUCCCAGUCACGAGGUUGAGAAGGUCUUCGCCGAGGACAGUGGAUUUUCCCCGGGACUGAGGGGACAGCCAAUCACAACAAUCCAAUUCUCUGGCUUUGGAUGUAACUUAGCGGGUAGUACUUCCCCUCAUGUUGAAAGGUGGUCACCGCGAAUGGAGGAUGAACUGCAACAGUUACCAUUAUUUGAUACAAUUCAUUCGGCGGCAAAUCGUGAUAGUAGUUCACCUGCUUCUUUUUCUCUGAAGGCGGAUUACAAUAGCUUUGUCACACAGAAUAAUUUAGGGGUGAAGUGGGACGUUGGAGAGUGCCCCAGUGAAACUAAUCUCCGAAUACUUGAUGGCUGUUGUGAAUUUCACAGGAAUUCUGCACCCACUAGCAGUGAGACAGUGUUAAAACGUCGGUGGGACGAUGGAGAAGUUAUUCCUGGCGACUCACUAAAGGAUGCAACGUCGAAUUUCCCUCAGCACUUUUGUGUCGAAAAUAAAAACCUUUCUCGAAACUGUUCACCUUUGGAGAGAAAUAGUUUCCUGAGCUACGCUACAGAAGAUGGAAGCUCCGUGAAAGUGAGGUCGUCGCGCUUUCAGCUGCUCCCGUUGACUUCACUUGGACGUUUAUUAAACGAGUUGCUAAAGCAGGAUCAAACUUACGUGACCUUUGGUUUGAUGUUUGAUGCAGUACUCACCGAAACUGGAACCAUAUGUAUCGGACUGUAUCGGUGUAUAACAAUUGAUUCGGAAGACUCCAUCGUCGAUGGGACCUCUGAACUAUUUACGGGAGGCGAAAACGUUCCCGUUAAACGAUACGUAUACACGUUUCCCGAUAUAGAUACGCGAAUACAUCCAGAUGACUUGGUCUACUGUUUUUCGGCGAUAUCCGAGGAAACGUGAAGUUCGUGUGCAGUACUCCCUUACACUACCCGUUUUUUUCGCAAACGGAUCAAAAUACCUCAGUCUCUACCCAUAUUGCCAACCUCAACUCAGACUACAAAACAUUGAUCCAUUGUAAAGAAACCAAAAUUGUCUACCUUUUCAAGAAAAAUUCCUAU